AUGCAACUUUUCCUCCUGAUUUGUCUAAAAUUUUCUGGAACAAUUUCUUUUUUUCUCACAAAGGCCGAUGUUCCCGAAUGGAUGUUACCAAUUCUGGAGAAAAAUUGGUAUUGUGGUUCAGGAAGAACGGAAUAUUUCGCGAGAAAAGUUGCCAAGCUUUAUCAAAUGGCGCCAUCUGCAAUGUGUUAGUGUUUUGCAAACCUGGGUUCCUUUGAAUUUUUUGACGGAAAGUAGGCCAGUCUUGCAAAAAUACUAUAGUUAUUCUGAAGUCCUGUCUUCUUUACUUAGAAGGGCUCUAGGCGCUGUGCCUAUCCACAGUCACACCUCGGCCAAGCCGUGGCUGGCCAGAGUACAAUUUUUAGACAAAUCAGAAUUUCAGUUUUUAGAGGUCAAAAAUUAAAAAAUCUCAAUUUUUAGAGGACAAAAACUGAGAAAAUUCACAAUUUUUGUAAUGUAAAAAGUUAGAGUACAAUUUUUUAUUGUGGAAACCACGAUUUUGGCCGAGGUGUGUCCACAGUUCCUUUCUAGGCGUGUCAUCCUUGUUAGAGUGUACCUAUAGGCGCUGUACCUAUUCAUGGUAAUUUUCUAGGUUUGGCUGCUUGUACGACUUGAUCUUAAGACGCGGUUCCAAGCUAUAGUGGUUUUCUAGUCUCUGCUUCUUGUCAUAAUUUCUAUCUAGGCUCUGCUUUUUUUUGCAAUUCUGUCACACUUUUUCUAUCUUUAGAUUCCUACAAUCAUUGUUGUGCAGUCCAUGAUGAUUGCUACGAUCAACAAUUGGGAAAAGAAUGGUGUGAUCAAACAUUCGAUGCGUGUAAUUGGCUAAUUUCAACACAAUUAGCAGAAAAACAUAUUUAUCCUACUUAUGUUUGGAGUCUCGGAGCUGGUUUAGCUGUAAAACUAUUCGGCGGUGGUCCUUAUAAAGAAGCUGGAAGAACAAAAGUCAUCCCAUACAAUCCAUCUCAGAACAAAAAAAUUAAAAUGAUUUAUCCACUAAUAUUCAAACAUUGUCCACUUCAAAUUGCAACAUUUUCAAGUUGUGCAAUGCAAUUCGAUCUUUGUUCAAGUCGAAAUCUAUCACAUUGUGAACAUUUUUUGCAAAGUUGCUUGCAUUUUUCGAGAGCUCAAAGGGACACAAAAAAUCCUGAUUAUUCGUGUGAUUGUGCUGUUCGUGCUGUUCAAUUAUCGAUUGAUAUUCCAUAUUAUAGUGAAAAACGAAAUGAUAUUGGACUUUGGGAAGUUAUAAAAGCAACUUUUCCUAUUCAAUUUUCCUUCAGUAUUUUUGGCUAUAUUUGA